GGCUGGGACGACGUGAGCUUCCACGGCUCGCCACAAAUCCCCACUCCAAACUUGGACGUCCUGGCGGCCGACGGGAUCAUCUUGAACAACUAUUACGUGCAGCCCUUGUGCACCCCGUCUAGAGCCGCUCUAAUGUCCGGCUUCUACCCCAUACAUACCGGCAUGGAAAGCUCGGUCAUACUCAUAGGCGAGCCGUGGGGUCUGCCACUCAACUUCAAGCUGAUGCCUCAGUACUUGAAGGACCUCAAUUACCAAACGCAUAUGAUCGGAAAGUGGCACCUUGGCUAUUACACGGAACAGUACGUGCCCACUUCUCGCGGAUACGACACCUUUUACGGCUUCUACAACGGCGAAGAAGACUACUACAACCACACCCUCCAUUUGUACUUUCGACAGAGCUCUCAAGUUGGUCUCGACUUCUGGCUCAACAAUGAACCUCUGAGGAAUGAGACGGACCGCUACUCAACCACCUUGUUCGGCGAGCAAGCUAUAAGGUUGAUCAAGGCGCGUGACCCAAAUAAGCCGUUCUUCCUCUCCCUCUGUUACCAAGCACCUCAUGGAGGCUCACCAGUAGAACUCCAGGCGCCAAGCGAGAACGUCGACAAAUUCCCGUACAUUGGGGAAAAGAAUCGAACGAUAUACGCAGGGAUGGUGGACGCGAUGGACCAGUCCGUGGGCGACGUCCUCGAAGCUCUGCAUCAGGAGCGCAUGCUGGACAACUCGGUUAUAGUGUUCAGCAGCGACAACGGAGGCUUGCCCUGGGGACGACACGCCAGCCGUGGCUUCAACUGGCCGCUACGGGGCGCCAAGGGCACCCUGUGGGAAGGGGCCACGCGGGCAGCCGCUUUCCUCUGGUCGCCCCUAGUCACCCGUAAUCGCAGGGUCUCGCACCAGCUCAUGCACAUCGUUGACUGGCUUCCCACGCUCUACCGAGCCGCCGGCGGAGACCCGUCAAAAAUGAGGCGCCUCGACGGCCGUGACAUGUGGCUGCAACUGUGCGCCGACCUGCCCUCCCCGAGGGUCGAGUUGCUGUACAACAUCGACCCCGUGGGCGACACGGCGGCACUGCGCUACCGCGACUACAAGCUGGUGCUGGGAGUCUCGGCGGAUGGAAUCUACGACCAGCGGUUCCUGACGCCCGGCAGCUCUCGGCCCUACGCGGACUUGGACCGCCUGAUGGCCGAGUCGAAGGCGGCGCGCGUCUUGCGGGACUUCUACAACACGGGCGCCUUCCUCUUUCCCAGCCAGUGGCGCCAGAGGGCCACGCUCACCUGCGGCCCGCAGGAGAGCUCCAACUUCGUGGGCGGCGAUCCACCCUACCUGUUCGACCUGUCCAAGGACCCUUGCGAGAUGCACAAUCUGGCACCUGACAACCGAGAGCUGCUGUCCGUGCUAAUUCGGAAGCUCGCGAGCUAUGCAUUCACGUCGGUGGCGCCACGCAACAAGCCCGCAGACCCGAGGUCCUACCCACAGUACCACAACGGCACCUGGGCGCCUUGGGUGAACGUCGCCUCCAUGUAG